AUGGAGCUGAGCGUGCCGGAGGGGGUGGCGCUCGCCAUCCACUGCUUCACCUUCCUGCUGGGCCUGCCCGCCAACCUGCUGGUGCUCGCCGUUUACGUCCGAAAGGCUCGCAAGCACGGCGCCACGCCCAACGUGGUCUACGCCAUCAACCUGUGCCUGGCCAACCUGGCCUUCGUGGUGGAGUCCAGCCUUUUCCCCCUGAAACUUGCGGGUUUUCUACUUGAACUGGUUCUGACUGUGGUGGGAAUCGAGCUUCCUCCCGGCAGACUGCGUCACGCCGGCUCUCUGAGGAGUUGCUGGGCGACGAUGUUUAGAGAAGCCGGCGAGCAGAUUGUGUCCAGGACCUCUGUGACCCUCCCUGCCAUGGAGAUGCUGCUGCUGUCCGUCUACAUCUUCACCUUCCUGACGGGGGUCCCCGCCAACAUCCUGGCCUUCUCCACGCUUCUUCGCAAGGCGUGCCGCAAAGCGGCGCCGGUGGACGUGCUUCUUCUCAACCUGACGGGCUCCGACCUGCUCCUGCUGGCCUUCCUGCCCCUCAAGAUGAAGGAGGCGCAGGACGGCAUGCUCUGGCGGCUGCCCUACGCGCUCUGCCCGCUCACCGGCUUCCUCUUCUACGUCAGCAUCUACACCAGCACGCUGCUGUUAGCCGCCGUUAGCGUGGAGCGCUACCUAGCCGUGGCGUUCCCGCUCCGCUGGUCGGUUUGCCGUCGCCCGCGUUACGCCGCCUGGGCCUGCGCCGCUUUCUGGCUGCUGACCUCCGCCAACCUCAGCAUCGUCUACAUCCUGCCCUACAUCCAAUGGCGGCAUGGCGCGGGGGGCGGGCCAAACGCUAGCGCCUGUGCGGGCGCCGCCAUGCCGCCGCCGCCCACCUGCUACCUGCACUUCACCGAAGAGGAGCUGAGCAUCCUCCUCCCGGUCCGCCUGGAGCUCUUCCUGGUUCUGUUCUGCGUCCCGUUCGCGGUCAGCUGCUUCUGCUACACCAACUUCGUCCUGAUCCUGUCGCGGCUGCCCAGACUCAGCCGGCGCCGGCGGCUUCGCGGCAUCGGCCUGGCGGUCGGCACGCUGCUGGUUUUCGCCCUCUGCUUCGGGCCGUAUAACGCGUCCCACGUGGUGGGCUACGUGACCCGGGAAAGCCAGCCGUGGAGAGACGUGGCGCUCCUUUCCAGCACCCUGAACACCUGCCUGGACCCCUUCAUCUUCUACUUCUCGUCGGCGGCUGUGCGCGAGGCGCUGAGCUGCUGCCUGCGCGGGGCGGCCGCGAAGCUGCACCUGCUGUUCAGGUGGCGCCAGGCGCCGCCGCGCAUGCGCACCGAAACCCGGAAGUACGAGGCGGGAGCGCCGCCGUUCGUGCUGGAGCCCCGACGGCCGGAAGACGAGCAGCACGCCGGGCAAAGAGCAGCUUUGGACGGAGUGUGA